AUGCCGCCCAAAGCAAAGACCUCGCGUGCAGAUCAAGCUUACUCUGCAUCUCCUGCCUCUGCUUCAUCACCGCCCAGACUUAUCGGAGCAGUUCGGGAACCGUCCUGCACACCGUUAGGAUCGUUGCCUCAGAUCGAGGUGAAACCGCAAAAGGCUUGCGUCCUUUGCCGUCGAUCCAAGGUCAAAUGCAUCCAUGACGGAGCACCCCCCUGCAAGCGCUGCAAGGACACUCAUCAAGAAGCGCAAUGCAAAUUUCGCCUCCGAGCUGACGACGAAACUUGGCGCGAGCGUACUGAUGACGUCUUGAGUCGCCUUGGCGAGAGCGUAGAUUGGCUGGUAGAACAACAGCGGCGUCAGCAGCAGCAGCAGCAGCAGCAGCAACAACAACAACAACAACAACAACAACAACAACAACAGCAGCAGCAAUAUGUAGAUCCUUUGCGCUCCGAUAUGACAGGAUCUAGCAGCUCUCCCAUGUCUGCGCCUUCGCCACGCAAGCUGCAUCGGGCCAACCUCUAUCGACCGCCAUUCCCUUCUGCACGGGUGUCUGGCGCAAAUGUAUGGCCCUCGUACAUAGCCCAUUCUACAUUGCCUAGUGAAUCUGGACCCCUUCAUUCAGAUCCGGUUUCAUCACACCAUGGCCCGAGCUACCAAAGCCGUCCUUCAUCCACUACCUACCUUGGAUUUGAUGGCGCAGCUGGCCUCCUCAGCCCAGGAGAUUCGCAUCCUCGAUCCGUCUCCUCGCCCUCCCAUUCGUCGGCACCUGUCUACAGAAACCAUCGUUCCCCUUCGUCAUUGCAAACAGCGCGACCUUCGCACAGUAAUCAUCCACAUCCCUCGCUCUCUUCUGUGACAACGCACCAGCCACAGAUUGCGGAGUCUGCAGCAUUUCCAACUAGCAUAUCGGCGCCUCAUCUUGCGACCUCGCAUCGCACCUCCUCAUCUAGACCAGUGUCUGCCUCUGAUGACCAUUCGCCACCAACACGAGAUACUCGGCGCGUCUUUGCGCUCGAACCCGGUCAAAGCCGGCCUUCUUCGAUCUUAGAUGCUGCCCAACAACCGCGUAGCAAUAUCAGCCAGUCCAACAAAUCACCAGGGAGGACAUCAGCAGCGCCAACAAGCUCACCGUACGCCAGGCCUUCACACGUAAUCGGACGCAACGACCCGCGCCUCACGGUGAUCUCGAUGGGUCUCGUCUCGAUGGACCAAGCGCGUCAUCUCUUCAAGUUCUUUGCGCGCUAUCUGCAGCCGCACUGCUUCGGUUUCCCAGCCUAUCCUGCAAACGAACAUAUGACGCCUCUGAUCAUCGCGUGCAUUCUAAUGGUGUCAUCGAUGCAUGAACCCAACACGCGGCAAUACUUUGAGCCUUUCCGUCACGAAGCGUUUUCGUCUCCUCUGCUGCUCGACCAGCCGAUUGACCGGCACGUCCCACUCGAUCCGGAACUUGGCAUCGGUGUCGAAGAAAUCACAGGGGCUUGCAUUGCCGCUUGCUGGCUAGGAGGACAAACAGCACUUUCGAUCGCACGCAUAGCCCGCUACUGGGCGAUAGGCUAUCUCGAACAUUUUGAGGUUCGAUCGGCCCAAACUUUGGGCGAGUGGAUGACGAUUCUUCCACCGUUUCGGCAGAUUGAUCUUGUCGGCAAACUUCGCAUCUGGCUGAUGUCGUACAUCACCGAAGCGCAACAAGCCAUCAUCAACGACCAGCCGAGCUUGUUCCCAGAGAGCGAUCCCGCUCAUUACUGUCAGGGUCUUCUGAACGCCAACAGCCAUAGCACAGACUUGAUCGAGCCAGCUGUACCCGAAGACGGGGCAAAGCAGGCCCCAGAUUUGCUGAACAACUUGGACGGCACGCCAAAGUCGAACAUCUCGCCAUCUUCGGCCGUUCCGCCGCCUCCUAGCAAUGGUGCCGGUGGCAUCGGCUCAUACUCGUCGGAUCGUCAACUUGUCGCGCAUGCACGGAUGAUGUCUAUCCUCCUAGCAGCGCAGAGCCUUCAUCGCUCAGCACGCGCCGCUGCUACCACUGCCAAAUCGAGUCCAGCUGAUCAGGAAACCAGAGCAUUUCAACCUUCCCAUAUGGUAGAGCGAUGGCGCGAAUGGUUGGAAGAGCUCAAUCGCUGGCGUCUUCUCACUUCGCAGCACUCUGACUUGUCGGAUAGCUCGCUCGAAUCGAUCGAUCUUUCAUUGCUCUAUCACUUAUCGCGCACGUUUCUGGCAUCCCAUCCGCUAGAUCGCGAUCUGGGCAUCCUCGAUGAGACGCAACACGCUCUAAGAGCAGCGUCGAACGCCAACCCUCCCGAAUUCUCUCGCCUUGCCAUCGCGCAGCUUCGUACCAUUUCAACUGCCAAGCACUCGGCACUUUUUGCACUCAAGCUCGCUACCACUGAGUUUGGCGAGAAGCUUUCGUACCUGCCGCAGUUCUACCACUGGCUGUUGGGUCAUGCCGCCGGGUUGCUUCUACUGUUGAUACAACACAAGGAAAUUUUUCUCAUGGCCAAGGAAGCAGACUCGUUGCUUGAAGUCACAGAGAAUUUCGUUCAGCUCUACGUGUUUCGUAUCACUAGUCACUCGUUCCAUUCAGUCGCGGGUCACUGCGGGGGAGGGACGAACAUUCUACGGGCCGGGCGAUCGGGAAUAAAGCGAUCCGCCUCAGACGCCGACCUUCGAGAAGAACAUGAGGACGACGAGCGUAGAAAGAAUCAAUGCGGGCAUGGCGGAGAUGGCAGCAGCGAUCCACUUGACUUUCAAUGGCCUUUCAUGUCGGGUUUUCCGACCACGACCCAGAGCGGGACAGCUACAACGGCCAAUGAAACUGCGGGAAAUAGUGCACAUAGCAAUCCGAGCUCUAGCGGCAUCGCCUCGACAUCCCCCAAUCCUGUGACGCAGCAACAGAUACUACACGGCAAUCCAGCCGAGAAGCAUCCAGCUUUGGCCAACGCUCAAGCUCUGGCUCGUUCUCUAUACCUCGUCAAGAUGCAGUUCCAAUCACUUGAUGUACAACUUUGA